GCGCGAGCCACCACUCCCCACAUCACCCUCCUCUCCAAUCCGCCAUGGCUCUCGCUUCCACCUCCCCCUUUGCCGCCAUCGCCGCCCGGCCCAGUACGUACGCGCCCUCCAAGCGCUGUCGCUUCAGCCGCCUCCCGCGUGUCUCCUGCCAGGCGACCACCGAGCGUCCCCGCGGCGGCAAUGCGCCGAACACCUCGCCGGCGCCGCCGAGGUGGCGCGUAGCAGUCUCCGCGGCCCUCGCCGCCGCCGUAGUAGCGGCGAUGCCGGCCUACGCUGACCUCAACAAGUACGAGGCGGAGCAGAGGGGCGAGUUCGGCAUCGGCUCAGCCGUGCAGUUCGGAAAUGCCGACCUCAAGAAGACUGUGCAUGUUAACGAAAACUUCAGGCGGGGAAACUUCACAUCUGCUGAUAUGAGGGAGUCAGAUUUUAGUGGUUCCACAUUCAAUGGUGCUUAUAUGGAAAAGGCUGUUGCUUAUAGAGCAAAUUUUACAGGUGCAGAUUUGAGUGACACUUUAAUGGAUCGCAUGGUUCUCAAUGAAGCUAAUCUCACAAAUGCUGUGCUUGCACGGACUGUCCUUACGCGUAGUGAUCUCGGUGGAGCAACCAUUGAAGGUGCUGACUUCAGCGAUGCUGUUAUUGACCUACAACAGAAGCUGGCUUUAUGUAAAUAUGCAAGCGGAACCAACCCUGUAACAGGGGUCAGCACCCGGAAGAGCCUUGGAUGUGGCAACAAUCGCCGAAAUGCAUAUGGGAGCCCUUCCUCACCUCUUUUAAGUGCCCCACCUCCUAAACUUCUGGACCGUGAUGGUUUCUGUGAUGAAGCUAGUGGUAUGUGUGAUACAAAGUGAAAGAGGAAUGAUCAAGCAUAGGGUGCAAGUUGUGCAUAGCAUUCAAUGCUGUAUAGCUAUUGAAGAUUGGGUGAAAGACAAAGCAGAAUGGUUCAGACAUUCAGAGAAUCCAGACAUUUCGCCUUCUUUUCCCGAGAGUUUUAACAUGGCAACGGAAUCAGGUAAACUAGGGAUUGUAGAUAAAGUAUUGAUACUGAAUAAUGUUUGAUGCCUUAUGUAUACUAUGUACAUGUAUUAUGAAUAUUUGAAGACAUAUUGCUGUAAAAAAAGUGUCCAUGUCU